AUUUCAUCGACGAAAGGAUACAAAACGAUGAAGUCUCUAAUUAAUAUCGCAUUAAUUAUUGUCACAUGCAAAUUAUCCAUCUUGUAUGCUAGCACAACACUAUCACCAAGUCGUUCGUCUAAUCAAGAGUAUAAUGAAAUUUUAACAAACACUGACCGGUUUAUAUCCACAAUAGAACAUAAAUUAAAUCGUCUUGUCAAGACUGAAAUUAAUGCCAUUCGACAAGAAUUUAAGAGAUUAGAUCAAUCGGAGACAAUUGAUAAAGUCAUCAAGAAUUACGAAGUUCUUAAAAAUUCAAUUGACAGCAUUAAAGACGAAUGUCAAAUAUUUGACGUCGCCACAAAGAAUGGUUCGAAGAGUAAGAUAGACAAUUUACAACUCUCCGUUCUCGCAUUGAGACAGUCCACACAUCGAAUAGAAAAGGAACUGGCAAUUAUCAAAAAAUCAAAAAUAACAGACACUAAAGCUGACCAGCUUAGUCACCCUGUUAUGUUCUCAAGUAAUAAUCUACAUGAUCACGAAAAGGCAUGUACAUCGUCGGAUCAACAUACUGAGUCAGGAAUAAGAAAAAUUCGUCGAGAUUUCUUCGCAUAUUGUGAGAUGACACAAGAUGAUGGAAAUUGGAUAGUUGUACUUACUCGAUUUGAUGGAAGCAUUAAUUUCUUUAGAAAUUGGCAGGAAUACAAACAAGGUUUUGGGAACAUUGCUGGUGAAUAUUGGAUGGGGCUUGAUAAAAUUUACGAAUUAACUUCCUCAAAGCUACACGAAUUGAUGAUUGUUGUUGAAGAUUUUAAUGGAAUUAAAAAAACUGCAAAAUAUUCAGCUUUUGGAAUAUCAUCUGAAGCCAUGGGCUAUGCAUUGAAUCUUCUUGGUUCUUAUUCAGGAGAUGCUGGUGAUUGUUUAAGCUAUCAUGCGGGAAUGAAAUUUUCUACAAUCGAUGUCGAUAAUGACGAAUGGACUGACGGGUCAUGCAGUAAGUCUCAUUUUGGAGCUUGGUGGUAUAAUAAAUGUGAUCAGUCAAAUCUCAAUGGAUUAUAUUACAAUUACGGAAACAUUCCUGACCAGCAUACGGAUUUGCAAGGAAUGCAUUGGAAAUAUGAUAAGCAUACAGCAACAAUACUCAAAAGUGUUAAAAUGAUGAUUCGCCCCAUUCAACUAACGGAUUAGCUUUAAAAAUUUACAAAAAAAAAGAAAUAAAAUAAAAGUCAUACGUAAAGUGCAGCACUUACGGUGGUCAUUUUGAGAGUAUUAAUAACAUUUUCUUAUGUUUUCAUCAUUAUACAAAUCUCUUGUAGCUCUCAAUUUAUGCUUUUUUUUUUUGUUGCAUUAAACCACUAACACAUUUCAAACAGA